AGCCAUGGUAAAACCUAUGUGGUGGAUUGUUGUUUUUGUUUUUGUCCUGGAUCAAGCAUUUCACUAGGGUUUUCUUCUUCCCGUUUUCACUGCGAGCUAGCGUCGCGGCAUUACGAACCAAUCAAUCAAACCAAAUGUUGCACUCCCGGCGUCUGAUUCGGAAAACCCUUACCACCCAAAUCCCUGAGAUCCACCGUCUCCGAUCUCUGUCCACCGCCGCCGACAUCCCGGCGCCGUUUCGCAAGAACCAGCACCAGCAGAACCACAGCUUCCUGCCGCCCAACGAGUACCUGAACUCGUGGAAGCCGCCGAAGGAUCCUAAAGAGGCGGAAUACAAGCUCGCCCUUCUCCGCCGCGACUAUGCCAAGAAGGUCAAGGAAGUUCGCAAGGAGUACAUCAAGGAGAUGGAGGUCAUGCGACUCGAAAAGCUGAGGAAAACAGAGGCUAAGAAGGAAGCUAUGAGGAUCGCCAGUGAGGAGAGGAAGGCGGCUAAAGCCGCCGAGAAGAAGGCUAAGGCCAAAGAGAGAGCUAUCUUUGAAGCGCAAUUCCGCCAAACCCUAGCGAAAGAAAGACAAGAGAAGCUUGAAUAUUGGAAGAUGAGAGAGAAGAAAUUUGAAGAGAAGAAAAAAGAAAAGAGAGAGCUUUUGCAUAAAAAAAGCUCAAUGUGGAUUGAUGAGGAUGCUUUGGGAAAAAAGGCACUUGAAGCCAUUGUUAGCCCUGAGGUCUUCUGAUUUUUUUUGGUAUUCAGCUUAAAAGAGUGGGCUUGUUUGUUCUGGGACCAGGCGUAUCAUGUUGGUUCCGAAACUGGUAUGAAUUAGUUACUACAGAGUAAUAUGAAAGAAUUUAUUAUAAAAAAAUGAGUGUCUUCCCCAAUCUAUUGUAGUCCUCAUCGAUGUUGAAUAGUAAGGUGUUGAUUUUGAGUACAUCUAUUAUCGUUGAAUAGUAACAUGUUGAGAUCAUGUUCAUAUACGGAGUAUUAAUUACUAAUAAUUGGUGGCGAUUUAA